GGACCUCGUAUACGUCGUGGCAGCAGUGGUGCGGCCGGUGCGGCGGCCAGGCGCACCCGUGCGUAUCAGAAGCCCGCGCUGUGUGCGGCCAUGUGGAGCGCCGGUCUCGUCUCCGUCUUCUGGGCCCUGGCCAACGGCCUCGAGUUGGAGCUUGCUGAGCGCUGGUACGGACGGCCCUGCUGCCAGCGAGCUCGACUGGAAGGAUGCCGCCGUGCAUGCCUGCAGGCGCGCUCAGCUGACGACCUGGAACCAUGGUGUCGACGAAGCGACGAGCUUGACCUGCAGGUGUGCCUCGAGGGCCGUAGCGGGUUGGGCGCUCUGCAGCGGACGGGACGGCGCGGUCUCGAGAGCUGCUGCGCCCUGGCCAGUACGGCAGCCUGUCGCCGUCGCGCGUGCAACAGAGCGCAAAGUGAACAGCAGCACAACGACAAGGAACACAGGGACCUUAGGAGACUACAGCAGCAGCAGCAGCACAGGCAAGAAGAGGGACAGCCAUGCGCCGAGCCCCAAGUCGUCCGAUGUCUGCGGAACGUCACAGCGACCAAGCAGCCACACAAGCUGCACUGUUGUGCCCAAGCGCCAAGUGGACAAUGCCGAGACGCGUGCCUGCAAGUGCUGCGCCCAAAGGACGUUGCAGGCGAUGACGUCACUGGCGAUGAAGAUGCGGUGGAUGCCCUGCUGGCCGGAGGGUGCGCCGCACCAGGUUUGCACGAGCGCUUGUGGCAGUGUCUGCUAGGCUGGCGCAGUGGACCGUCCUCGCAGCUGCUGCCGGCAGACGGAGCCAAGCUGCAGUGCUGCCUCAGGGCCGCCACUAUCGAGUGCCAGAGGAUGUGCCUACGGGCGUACGGAUCCGAGUGGGAGACUUCGUGGGAGACGUUCCACAACCGCUGCCGCUACCAGCCAGCCGAAGCGGCCCUGCGACAGUGCCUUGACGACGUGGACGAACCGUGCGAGCUAGGUUGCGGAGGACCUCUGAGCUUCUGCGCGCACCUAGGAGAUAGGCCGUGGUCGCUGUACCGGCGGUGCGACGCCAGCGCCGACCGUGUUGCGCGGGAGAGCGCCCGACUGUGGAUGCGGAGCGGACCGCCGACGGCGAUGGACGGCGGCGCCCGGCGGGAGGCCACGACCUCGCCGUUGGGAGACUGUCCCGAGGACGCGUGGAGAGCUCUCGCCUGCACGCUCAACCUCAGACCCUGCCACGCCACGCACCACUCCAGUACUCUCUGCAGGGAGGACUGCCUGGCCCUGGCGGCUCGGUGUAAAGAUGGACGGCAGCUGGCACCUCUGUGCGACUCUCUGGCCCCUCCCGGAGCUCCCUGCUUCUCGAUUCUCGGGGUGGACACACAGCCAACAACAACGCCACCGGUGGCAGAGCCGGCGACUCAGCCAUGCAGAUCGCGGCCCUGCGGAAGCUCGUCCAUCUGCGUCGUGAACAGGCAUUGUGCUCCGGGACAGUCGUGCAGCAAGUACCGCUGUCUGAAAGGUUGCCCCGUGGGCUCUUCGUCGGGGACAUUGGUGCCGCAAGGCUCCCCUGCGAGGCUGCCACGCGUGGAAGGUGGCCGGCUUUGCUGGAGCCAGUGCCGUUGCUCGGAGUCGGGUGCCUUGACCGAAUGCCUGCACACCGGCUGCGAUGACGCCGCACCGAAGCAGUGUUGGCUGGAUGGACGUUCCCGCUCGCCGGGAAGCCGCUUUCUGGUGCACGGCUGCUUACGCUGUCGCUGCGACAGCAACGGUCACAUCAGCUGCACCAGGAAAGCUCACAACUGCCUUUUCCAUGACACUCCCUGCGGCUGCCGUCCUGAAGACGACGACGAAGGAAAGGUCUGUGGCGCCGAUGGACGCACACACCGCAGCGCAUGCCUGGCCCGCUGUGCCGGUCUCACCCAUGGCCAGUGGGAACCGGGUCCCUGCCACCAGACGGAUCCGUGCGCAAGACGACCCUGCCCUGCAGGAGCUCCCGUGUGCGUCGCAUGGAAACAUGCCUGUCUGGGUCCGUGCAAGCAGUUCAUCUGCAUCGGAAACGCCACAGGCGGAGAAUGCCGCGGCAGUGGUCCUGUCUGCGACACAGAGGGUCGAGAACAUCCGAACAUGUGCGCGCUGAUGUCGAAGCACGACGGGGACCCGAACUCGUGGCUAGCGCACCUCGGCCCCUGCGAGCCAGGGUGCCGUGUGCGAGGCCCCGUGUGCGGCAUAGACGGCGAGACGUACGCGAGCGAAUGCGCGGCCUGGGCACAGAGGGUGCUGGUCGACUACCGAGGACCGUGCCUACACAGACAUGGGAAGGAAGGCUGCGACCAGGUGCGGUGCCCGCUAAUGCCACCAGGUGGUUGCCAAGCGCUGCUGACGCGGCUUCCCGGUACCUGUUGUCCUCACUGCGGUUGGGGCCUGCGAUUGGUCCUGGGGAGACCCUGGCGCAAUGGUAGCAGCGACCAGAAGGAAGAGUGGCCAUUGUCCGAGCUGUUGUGGUGGCUCCGCACACAACUGUCCAGCACCCAGUGCGACUUGUUCGGCCACCUGGAUCCAGCGCUCCCUGAUUUCCUCGUGUUGCUCGUGGUGCCAACAUCGUGGCCUGCCUCGUGGACCCUCUGUCGCGCCGAGGCGCAGCGCCUGGACGCCUUGGUGCGCGUGCGUAGCCCGGCGCUCUUCAGCCUCCUACCCAUGGAAGCAGUGGCUGGUUCUGCGGGACUUCUGGACGAAACUGUGGAACAUGCAUCGUCAGCGCCUGAGGAGACUGGUGUAUCUGCCCAAGUGGCCAUCGUGUGUGUUGCACCUGGUGUGAUGUACCUGCUUUCUCAUGGCAUUAUAGGAGAAACAGAAACCGUCCGAAGAUUUAAGAAGCUGUCAGCGCGGGUGCCCUGGAGCACACGCGGAAAUACCACGAUACCUCUACUGCCAGAACCUUUGUGA